CGCCAUCUUCAACCCCGGCUUCGUCAUGAACUGCAUUGGCGGCCUCCUGUACUCGGCACUGCUGCGAACAACGGUGGAGGUGCGCACAUUUCAUGUGGACGAGACUUACAUUGCCGCGCAGAAGGCGGCCGCGAAGGCGUCGGGUGCGUCAGCCUUCGUCUCGACGAAUGACGUCAUCACAUCCUGGUUCCUCCAGCGUGGCGGCUUCGGCCUCGGCAUGAUGGCAGUCAACUUUCGGGGCAGGCUACCGGACGCGCCCAUGAGCCUCGCAGGCAAUUACGAGAGCGUUGUCCUGUACAGGCUGGCGGACGUGGCCACGCCUUCGCUCCUUCGUCGCUCCCUCGCCAAAUUACGCCGCGCCGCCACGCCGUCCACCGACCUGCCCUCGAGCCGCGAGCACCUCGGACUGCGCUGCGGCAUGGUGAGCAACUGGUCGUCUUUCGCGAAGCCCGUCGAGCUGCCAGGCGCAUCGCAGGCGCGCGCUGACAAGCCGGUCGCGUGUAUGGUCGCGGGCUCGCCGCACAUCCUCGUCGGGCUGCCCGCGGAGGGCGAGCUCGUUGGCGAGCCGGUCGCUGUGACCGCCUGAGGCGAGCGCUGAGAUGCGACGGGGUAUGUAUUUGCUGGAGGACGUUGGCACGGCACAUUUCCCACCUAGGCGGGGCGGUGGGCGUGCGCGCGCGGUGCCCGGUGCGGUGUUCGUAGUCGUGUGUGCGGCGUCAUGACUCAUGUGUGUGUCCCUUCUCGUUUCGUAUUAAGGCCAUUCACGGGUGUC